AAUGUUAUGCUAAAUCUUAGUCUGACAUUGGAAUUUAUAGAAUUUAACUGUAUUUCUAUCCAUUUCACAAUAUUUUAACACAAUCCAGUCCAUUACAAAAACCUGGUGUAUAGUGUUGUUAAUCGACUGCAUUGCUAGAGCAAUUUAUACAUGCAUAAUAUGCAUUGAAAUAUUCCUAACCAAGAAAACCGAAAACAUCGUAUCGCCGUUGUCGAUUGUCCCAUUUGAUAGUUGCCAUGACUACCAGAACUUUAUCAUUCUUGUUUUAUGAUCGUGUCUUUGGCAAUAAGUUUCUUAUUCUUGUUCCUUAAAAACUGCUGCAGGGAUGCGUAAAGAGAGCUGAAGUCGAACUUGGAGUUUCCGUUGUUGUUAGAGUUGAGAUUAUAAUUAGCAGAGCCAAAAACAGGGCGGAAUCGAAGGCUUUUAGAAUUAUCCGACGCUUUUUCGAGGCUUGGCGUCUCAUCAUCAGCCACAACUUUGUCUUCUGUUUCUUGGGCCGGCCCUUGAGAUUUCACGAGAGCAUCAACUUCCAUCAUUUUCCAGAAACAAGAAUCGUCGUCAUCGGCAAUCUCACACGGAUCUUGUUCUGGGUUCUGCGUUGGCAAUCAGUUCAGAAAAUAGUGAGCUGAAUAGCAAAUUGUCAUUUUCGUUGUUGUUGUUGUUGAUCAACGUCUCUGAUGAUGGACGAUUCAUCAAUGGUCGGUUAGAUUUCAUUGCGACCAUUGGACGAACUAGCAUUAAUGGUUGAGGCCAUGCUAACUAAUGUGAUGAUAACUGAUGCCUAUAGAAUUAAUGGAAAAUUGCUCACUAUUUGUUCUAGGACGUUGCUAUUAAUUUUUUAAUCAUUUUUUAGUUACCGUUAAAUGCAUGUUUAUUCGCUGAAGUUGUGGUGCAGGAGGGUGAGAACAACGAGUGUGCUGAAUUUACACUGACAGACGAAAUACUUUUAUACUAAAACUGUUUCUUCCGAUAUUCAUUUCCCAUUUUCAAGGUCCUCGGAGAGAGACUUUUAUUUUUAUCUUUUUUAAUUUAUCGUUAAUCUGGCCAGAUUAACUACGCGCUUGUCCACCCAAUUAAUUGGCUGAAAUUCAUGAGGAACCACUACAUAUUAACUGAAACCUUGUGAUGACGGGAAGUUAAAACCGCAAACUGAACACCACAGCAACUAAAAAUACACGGCCUUGCAAUUAAAACUAGCAGGGUUUUGGCUGUUUUCCGGCUUGCCACAUCGUCAUUUCAAAGUUUUUCUUUUAGAAAGCAAAGAUGAUACGAAGGAACCCAAGUGCACUGAUUAAACAAAGGACCCUUCCAAAUGGUGAAGUUUUGCGAAAUAAUUAGAAGCUCAUUCCACAACCACUUUGAUUCAAAGGUGCACUGUCUGUACGCCACUUGUAUAUAAAGACGCACUAAAAGUCAUCAAAGUCACCACAAGUUUCCAGUUUGACUUUCAAAGCAUUUCCAGCUCUUUUCCAUUUCAAUCAAUCACUAUGAGGAUCAUUGUCGCUCUUUCCGCUCUUGUUUUGGCCGUGUGCAUCGUGACGAGCCAAUGCAAACCGACGGGAAACACCAACAUCAACCAAAAUAGCAACGCAAACUCCAAUUUUGAUUUCCUAUCGAGUUUCCUUAGCUCCGUGUUGAUCCAACAAAGAAAAGCCAAGGCUAUCGCAAUCCGAGCUAAAGUUGAAUCUCCCGCCGCCGUAAGCAUCGCCCAGCCAACGGCCGAGGCCCAACAAGACGUUAAACAAACCGCUGAUGAAUCCCAAGCACCGGCUGAUGACACUGUGGUGGAUGCUGCUUCCACUGAUGAAUCUGCCCCUCGCUCUGAGCCUCAAGAAGAUGCACCCCAAGAUGAGGAUCAGUUUAUGUUCAUCCAAUCGCGUAUGGCACAAGACUUUUAAACUCCCUCAAAGCCAUCUGACCGAACGCAAUCAUCUUGACAUCCGUUAAUCUGUAUUUUCACCAUUAGAUGCUGAAAAUGAAAAACUGUGUACAACAGUUCUUUGAUUUAAUGGCAUAAGUGAAUAAAGAAUUAUAAAAGAGAAUAAAAAAAAAAAAGGGAAGAAAAUGAAAGUAUAGAAGAAUCUUAAAGGGCAUUUGAACGUAAAAAACGUUCGGACAAGCAAACGGCUUAUCAUGCCGUGUUGUUCAAAAUUUCAAGCUGAUACCGGAGCCCAGGCUGAACAAACGUCAGGUAAUUAAGGUAUAACCUUGGAUGAUAACAAGUCGUAACAAGUGUAAAUACAUUUUCUACGUGUCAAGAUGGAAGAAGGAUUAACCGAUAGCGACUGCCGUCCUUUAAUGCUUUACGAACGGUUUUAUCGUUGGCUCAGUUCCAUGUCUCACAGUUUCGGUGUUGCUCUGCAUAAUAGGGACCACCAGCUGUUUGAAAAAUUUUCAUUGUUAUUGCAGAAAAUUAUAAUUUUAAAGGUGAAAAACAGUCUAAUUAAAAGCCUACCAAUGGCUGGACUCAUUCGAAUAUCAGCCCUGGGUCGUGAUGCGCAGGUUGGAGAUCUCUACAACUACCUCACCGACGUCAUUGUGCCAAGUGGGAUCGACGUGCCGAAUGAACUCAAAACGAUUUCGGAAACUGCGGGAAAACCGAAGGGCUUGUUCAUCUACCAGCAACCUGAAAAAUCCAAACGUCAUUUGCUGGGUAUCAACUCUCAUCUACUUGAGAAUAUGAAGCGAGGGUCUGUGCCCGAUCACCAACUUUGGUUCGCCGAUUACCUCAAUACAAACACGAUGGAUGGUGAUGAACGACAUGCGCAAGUCACUCUUUUGUUUCGAGCAGUGCAGAGAACCGAAACUCUGGAUUUGCAUUUUCUAAGAUCGAAAAUAGACGACUAUCAGCUUAGAAGUUCUGCCGCGGGAGCAACGCAUGUCAUUGAUGAGGUCGUCUACGGUGCGGAGGUGAUUUGUUCAAUGCGCAAAGUGUUAGAUUUGUCGCAAGAAACAAAGGAAAGCGCUGAAGUGAGUAUUUACUUGGCGGCUAAAGAAUAUUUGGAUGUGACAAUUCUGAAAUCGUUCAAUCUACUGGAAUUGCCAGUCGAACUGGACCAAAUCUCCUGUACGGUUUUGAGUAGUAUCGAAUCUGGUGAAAAGAUUAAAAUGGAUUUUAACUCAUUCAAUCUCUACUUGCAAAAUCUGCUGAAUACGGACAACAAUCGACAGAAGUGGAAACCUUUGGAAUUUCUUCUGCGAAAUAUGUCUGCUGCUCAUAUCGAAGCCAAACUGUGGUCAGAGAGAAAGGAUGAUGUCGCACUGGAGAAAGAGCAUCGUCAAGUCACCAGAAAAUGGAUAAUUAAAGAAAUGCGGGACAUUUUUAUCGAUCCUUCUCUUCAACGUUUUCCUUUGCUCGAAAAAUUUAUUUGGUACUUCAAUGAUUUGCUGCCCCGUGUUUGGGAUAAAAUCGAGGAAGCCUACAAGACAUUUGAGAUGUUACCCGAAGAAAGGGCUUUAGAAGAAAUGAUGUACAUUUCAGAUUGGCUCAAGGAAAUAAUCGACUUGUUUGCCUAUAUGCGAAAGAAUAUCCGAGAAAUUUGUUGGCUUUUGAAAGACACUGAUUUAGUUCUGCUGGAUAGGAAAGAAAUCGUAGCUCAAACGACGAAGACUUAUUGCAAAAUCGCCAAACUGUUCGUCUUGAACAUUGAAUACAAACAUCUCCCCAUCGUGAAUGACCUAGAGAAAUUUGUUGGUCAACGAGCUCCGACUGCUUUGCUGCCUGUUUUGCCGAUUUUCUCGUACGAGAAGGAGCAAAUCGGAUGCGUUCGUACUGCGAUAAGCGAAUUCGCAAACGUGGCAAAACUGGCCAGAGGCCGGGGUUCAAUGAAUGGCAUGAGCUACCACAUAGGAUUUUACUCUCCGACGUUGAACGAUGCAGCUGUAGUAACUGUAGACUUUUCUAAUGAAUGGCGGAUGGUUAUCUCAGUGGAUAAUCCAGUCGGAUACUUGAAAGAGCCCCGAUUGCUUGCCAGAAGUUUUUCUGUUUCUUCUUCUUUGCCUCCUCCUUUGACUCCGACCGUUGUUUCAAAUCAAAAUCAAGAAUUGAAGACGGACAAGGCUUCUGAGUGUAUCAACCCGAAUACCCAUUUUGCUGAAAAUCCCACAGCCAAAAUGAAGGACAACUUCGAUGUAGAUACCAGAUUUGCAGCAACAGACUCAACGAAAACAAAGUCGUCGAUGCAGCAAUCGCAUCAGUCGGCAGCAACGGCCGUCAGCCUGAAUGACCAGAUCGUAGUCAGAUCCGAGGCAAAGCGGCUAAGUUUACAGAUUGGCCAACUCAACUUGGGUGAUGCAAAAGCAAAAGAGUUAUGGACACUCGUGGACGCUCAAUUUAAGAAGAAUUUCAACGACUGUAGAAGCAGGGCACAAAAUUCAAGAAUCAGCAAGCCAAGGAGUUGUACUAACAAGCGUUGCACCAAAACACAUGCAAUAUCUCCUUCUGAAAAAGUGUGGAGGACUCGACAUCAGGAAAGGAGCGAUGAAAUCGUAGAUGGCAGAGGUAAUGGCAAAGUCGACGAAGUUGGGGAAGUCGAUCCUAACGAGGACCAAAAUUACAGGCGGACGUCCCAAAGAAACACGGAGCUUCAUGAAAAUCGAAGAAUUGCUGAGGUUUACAUUGACGAAGGCAGUUUGUACAGCAAACUAAUAAGAAGGGGACCGCCAAAUAUUUAUUUGCUGAAUGCGAUAGAAAAAUCAAAUGACAACGACUUCAAAUGGUUCGACAUUUGCCGUCCCGGCGACCCUAUGCGGUCGCCCAAUCCGAAGAACCACAAAUGUAUCAUUUUGAUGGGUGCGACUGGAUCUGGCAAAAGCACCCUAAUCCAUGGCAUGAUUAAUUACAUCUUGGAAGUCCAAUGGAACGAUCCGUUUCGUUUCAAGUGCGUCCGCGAAGACGAAAUCGUGGCCAGGAUCCAGGCGCACAGUCAAACGAGUUCUGUAACGGCCUACACUCUCCACCAUCAAGAAGGAAUGACCAUUCCGUAUUCCAUCACCAUCAUCGAUAACCCUGGUUAUGGAGAUACAGGUGGAGUAGAAAAGGACAAGGAAAUAACGGCCAAAAUCCACCGUUUUCUAACUCAACAAGAAAUUCCAAUCGAUGGAAUUCACGCCGCUUGUUUUGUGGCCGCUUCGGGUGAUAGUCGACUGACGGCCACCCAACGUUACAUCAUUGACUCCGUGCUGUCCAUCUUUGGUAACGACGUGAAAGAGAACCUUCGAUUAUUGGUGACAUUUGCAGACAACGCCGAUCCUCCCGUCGUCGGUGCUUGUCUUUCUGCCAAUUUCCCUACGACAUCCGCAUCGGACGGCAUCGCCUACAGCAAAUUCAACAUCUCAGUUCUCUAUUGUUCCAUUGCGAAACAGGGAAAUGACGAAUUUAGUUUUGACGAAUUGUUCUGGUACAUGAGUCAUGAAAAUUUUAAGAAAUUUUUCGUCAUGUUGGAAACAAUGAAGAGUAUAAGGGCGAUUUGAAGUCGAUCCGGCAAGUCAUUCCUGGUCUUGUAAAUGUAUCGGCUUUGACCACGCAUUAGGCAAGCGAAAAUGGCGAGUGAUUCCCGAAAAGGUAACAGUAUAAAUGAAAGCCUAAUACGAAUCGAAUUUUGAUUACAAGAUGAAAUCGCUUAUGGCCCAAGACUUUUAAACUCCCUCCAAGUCCAAGCCAUAGAACCGAACGCAAUCACCUUAACAUCCGUUGAUCUGUAUUUUCACCAUUAAAUGCAAAAAAUGAAAAUCGAUGUAGUACUGCAGUUCUCUGAUGUCACAGGUUGAGUGAAUAAAUGAAUUCUAUUAAUGAA